AUGUCGUCCUUACGGCCUACGGGCGGAGGCCAGAACAAGCGCUUCUCGACUCGCUUCGAGGGCAUCAGCGAUCUCUGUGCACUCCCCUCUAUCGCCGAGGACACGAUCAUCGCCUCACUUCGCGAACGCUAUGUGACCUCUCAACCCUACACCGCCGUGUCCGACUCGGCGCUCGUCUCAAUGAAUCCUCUCACUGCGCUGCCCGUUAACAGCGACGCAUCGCUUCAUGACUAUGUCAAGGAAUAUUUCCAGUCAGCAGGUGACGAUAUCGUCGGCCAGCCCGGCGGCAAAGAGUCCCUCGGACCACACAUCUUCCGAACAACGCUCAAUGCAUACUACAACAUGCGCAGGACGGGUCAAGACCAGAUCAUCCUCAUGAGCGGUGCCACUGGCUCAGGCAAGUCGGAAAUGCGUCGAUUGGCUAUCAAGGCCGUUUCCGAGGUUUCUGUAGCGCCCCAUGGGAAGAAGGGCUACAAGGUCGGCAACCAGAUCGCGAAUGCAGAGUUCAUCCUCGAGUCUUUUGGUAACGCCCACACGGUGCACAACGACAAUGCCUCGCGGUACGGAAACUACACAGAACUCCAGUUCACCGAUCGCGGACGUCUCGAGGGACUGAAGACGAUCGAGUACUACCUUGAGCGAUCUCGAGUGAGCCAGGUCCCGGCGAGCGGCGAGCGCAACUUCCAUGUCUUUUACUACCUCUGCGCGGGUAUCGAUGGCGAGGAACGCCAGCACUUGAGGCUAGGAAACGAGGGCGACUACCACUACCUCCAGUCUCGCGCCCGCAGGACAGGUGCCAGCGACCGCGAGCGCUUCCGCCAGCUGAAGCAGGCCUUCCGCGCUGUCGGAAUGUCGAACCGACUUGUCGCUCAGGUCUGCCAGCUUCUCGCGUGUAUCCUCCACAUUGGAAACCUGCAGUUCUCUGGAGACGACGCUCUGCAUGAAGGUGCUCUCGUUCUGAACGAGGACGUUCUCUCCACGGUCGCCGAAUUCCUCGGUGUCCACGAGAAUGCUCUCGCUGAGAUCUUCUCGUUCAAGACGCUCCUCGUGCGCAAGGAGGUGUGCACCACGUUCCUCGAUGUGGAGGGUGCUGAGUCCGUCCGAGAUGAGCUUGCGCGUACUCUGUAUUCGCUUCUCUUCUCAUGGCUCAAUGAGCACCUCAACCAAAAGCUCUGUAAGGAUUCUUUCGGAUCCUUCAUCGCGAUUCUCGACCUUCCCGGACAGCAAAACAACGCCGGCCCGACUCUUGGUAUCAACUCGAUCGACCAGUUCUGCUUCAACUUUGCGGCUGAGAAGCAGCACAACUGGAUUCUUCACCGCAUCCACGAGGCACCGCUGGCCGAGGCGGCCGCGGACAAGAUGCCUCUCGAACGUAUUCCCUACUUUGACAACACAGAGUGUCUCAAGAUGCUUUCAGACCCCAAGACCGGUCUCAUUGCCAUUGCGGACGACCAGAGCAAGAAGAAGAGGACGGAUAACCAGAUGCUCGACGCCAUGGCGAAGCGCUACACUGGGCACUCGUCAUUUGCGGUUGGUAACAUGGACCGCACGGGCUCAGCCUCUUUCACGGUCAACCACUACGGCGGUCCCGUCACCUACAGCGUUGAGGGAUUCACUGACCGCAACGCCAAUGAGACCAGUGCCGACAUCCUCCGUCUCCUCCGCGGGUCCGCGACCGGUCCUACUCAUGUCCCGGACGCUCAAGGAUCUAACAACCCCUUCAUCCGAACUCUCUUCUCGUCCCGUUCCAUUGCUACGCAGAUGCACCCUCGGAACGAGGACACCAUCGUGGCAGCUCAGCAACCCGUCAAGCCCAUGCGUGCUCCUUCAACUCGUCGAAAGCGCGCUGGAUCGCGACUGCGUGCUGUUCAGGAAACCGAAGGAGAAGAUGCUGAAGUUGGAGGAGGAAACGACGAGGGCAAUGCCGGUACUCAGCUGCACUGCGUGGCUGGGCAACUGUGGCAGGCACUCUCCGGACUCUUUGCUACGUUUGAUCAGAUCCAGCCCUGGUUCGUGUUCUGUCUGCGACCGAACGACUCCCAACUUCCAGCUCAAGUCGAGACCCGCUCGGUCAAGGCGCAGAUUCGCAGCCUGGGUCUGACGGAGAUCAGCCAGCGUUUACGGUCGGCGGACUUUGAGGUUCGCAUGACGCACCAGGAGUUCGCGGACAGAUACUACGACGAGUUUGCUGAGCGUGCUAUUGGCAACCAGGGAACCACUGCUGAUCGUAUCCGCGACCUGAAGCGUGUUCUUCAGCUUGACGACCACCACAUGCUGGUUAGUUCGAGCCGUGUGUUCCUGUCCCACGCCACGUUCCACCGUUUCGAGGACCGGUUACGUGAGUCCGACGGUCUCGAGAUGCCCGAGCACUUGGCAGCUGGCCCGGCCGACAAGGACGACCACUUCGCCCCUGGUCAUCGCACGCACUCGCCUGAGCCUGAGCCCAUGUUCGACUUCCACCAAGAGCGGAACUUCGCUCGCAACGACUCCACCGCUGCACUUCCUCUGGUGGCUAACGCGGCACCUGCACCUCAAUAUCCGUCUUCCGAGCCCGAUGACGAAUCGCGUGGUUUCGCUCCAAGCCAGGCCACGAGCGCUUUCGGUGACUCGCAAUCUGUCGCAGGAACCGACGCGUACGCACCUUCGCGCAACAUGUUCCACGACAUGGAGAAGACGCGCGGUGAGAAGGAUGUUCUCGACGAGCUUCCUGAGGAUAACGAGGUGCAAGAGGAGUACAAGGAGUCGCCGGCGCGUCGUCGCUGGGUCCUUCUCUGUCGCCUGCUCACUUGGUGGAUCCCGGACUUUGCCCUCAGUCGCUUGGGUCGUAUGAAGCGUCAGGACAUCCGACAAGCCUGGCGCGAGAAGCUCGCGAUCAACCUCAUUAUCUGGUUCAUCUGUGGCUGCACGAUUUUCGUCAUCGCCGGUCUUGCUCCUGUUAUCUGCCCUACCCAGCACGUCUUCACUCAAGCCGAACUGAACAGUCAUAACUACAAGGAGAACCCGAAGAGUGCCUACACGGCCAUCCGCGGAGAGGUCUUCGACUUCACAUCCUUCCUUGGAACGCACCAACGCAUCGUUCCGAUUGUCGACUCCAAGACCAUGCAGCCUUACUCGGGCGUCGACGCAAGCAGUCUCUUCCCUGUCCAGGUGUCUGCCGUGUGCAGUGGCACCAAUCCUAACGGUAUCUCGCCCUACAUCACUCUGGACGCCACGAACCAAACAAACCCGUUCUCCCAGUACCACGACUUCCGCGCCUCGCACACUUCGACCGACUUCCGCCCCGACUGGUACCGCGAGCAGAUGAUGACUCUCGGAGGAGGUUACCGCAAGGGCUGGAUGGGUUUCACGAAAAAGGACCUGAAGCACAAGGCCGACAACAAGGAAGUUGUUGGUAUCAUCGACGGUUACAUUUAUGACCUGACGACCUACUACAACCAGGGUGGUGGUGGUAUCCAGUUCCCGAAGGAUCUGGACGAGACCAGCGAGGCUGCUACGUCGGCCUACGCCCAGCGCGCUUUCAUGGCCGACCAGGUCACGCAGAUGUUCCUGCAGAACUCUGGAAAGGAUGUCUCGAAGCUUUGGCACGACAACGUUCGCAAGGCCCUUGGUGACGAGGUCUGGAACAUGCAAUCAGACUGUCUUCGCUGGCUCUUCAUCGUGGGCAAGCUUGACACUCGUGACUCGCCUCAGUGUCUGUUCUCGACCUACAUCCUUCUUGCCCUCUCCUGUGUGAUGGUCGCUAUCAUUGCCUUCAAGUUCUUGGCUGCCAUCCACUUCGGCCCCUCCCGUGCGCCCGAGAACCACGACAAGUUCGUUAUCUGCCAGGUUCCCUGUUACACUGAGGGAGAGGAGUCACUCCGCAGGACCAUCGACUCGCUCGUCAAGCUCCGUUACGACGACAAGCGCAAACUCAUCUUCGUGAUCUGCGACGGUAACAUUAAGGGUUUCGGAAACGAGAAGCCUACCCCGGCUAUCGUGUGCGAUAUUCUCGGCGUUGACCCGAACCUCGACCCGGAGCCGCUCUCCUUCCUUUCGCUUGGCGAGGGAAGCAAGCAGCACAACAUGGGCAAGGUGUACUCUGGUCUUUACGAGUGCGCUGGUCACGUCUGUCCCUACCUCAUCGUUGUGAAGGUUGGCAAGCCCUCGGAGCGUCCCAAGCCUGGUAACCGUGGUAAGCGUGACUCGCAGAUGCUCCUCAUGCACUUCCUGAACAAGGUUCACUUCAACUCGCCCAUGAACCCCCUCGAGCUGGAGAUCUACCACCAGAUCAAGAACGUUAUCGGUGUCAACCCGAGUUUCUACGAAUACCUGUUCAUGGUCGAUGCCGAUACAACUGUCGAUGAGUUAUCUCUCAACCGCCUCGUCUCGGCCUGCAUGCACGACAAGAAGAUUGUCGGUAUUUGUGGUGAAACGUCCAUCUCGAACGCCAAGCAGUCUAUCGUCACCAUGUCCCAGGUGUACGAGUACUUCAUCUCUCACCACUUGGCGAAGGCUUUCGAGAACCUCUUUGGCUCCAUUACCUGUCUGCCCGGUUGUUUCACCAUGUACCGCCUUCGCACCCCAGACACCCGCAAGCCUCUCUUCAUCUCGAACCAGAUCAUUCACGACUACUCCGAGAACCGCGUCGACACUCUUCAUCUGAAGAACCUUCUCCACCUUGGUGAAGACCGUUAUCUGACGACUCUGGUCCUCAAGCACUUCCCCACCUACAAGACGAAGUUCGUCCGUGACGCUCGUGCCCAGACUGUCGUCCCCGAUGACGGCAAGGUUCUCAUGUCCCAGCGUCGUCGUUGGAUCAACUCGACCGUGCACAACAUGGCUGAGCUUAUCUUCCAGGACAACAUGUGCGGUUUCUGUUGUUUCUCGAUGCGCUUCGUCGUCCUCAUCGAUCUGAUCUCGACGAUUAUCGCCCCGGUCACUGUCGGUUACAUUGUCUACCUUAUCUACAUUAUCGUGAAGAGCGGUAGCAACAUCCCGAUUCUGUCCAUUGCGAUGUUGGCGGCGGUUUACGGUCUUCAAGCACUCGUCUUCAUUUUCCGUAUGCGCUGGGACAUGGUCGCCUGGAUGGUCUUCUACAUCCUUGCCAUCCCCUUCUUCUCGCUCUACCUGCCCCUCUACUCCUUCUGGCGCAUGGACGACUUCUCUUGGGGUUCCACGCGUCUCGUGGUCGGCGAGAAGGGCAAGAAGGUCGUCAUUCACGACGAGGGCAAGUUCGACCCGAAGCGGAUCCCGCUCAAGUCUUGGAACGACUACGAGAACGAGCUGUGGGACCAGGAGUCGAACCACUCGCUCGACACCUGGGCCGCUCCGCAGAAGAGCGACUACAUGGGUGACGGCGGAUCCAUUUACGGCGCCCCCAGCAUGUACAACCAGUCCCAGUAUGGUGGACAAUCGCAAUACGGUGGACAGUCCCAGUACGGACAGUCGCAGACUGGUCGUGGAAGCGUCUACCCACCGUCUUCGUUCUACAGCCACGGUCCUACUGCCUCGCAGGAGAACCUGCGUGCCGGAUCCCGCAACGAGUCCUACUACGAGCGUGCUCCCCGCGGAACGUUCUACGACCGUGAGGGCGACACCGGCAGCUUCCACCCCGGUGACAAUAACAGCAUGUACGCCAGCUCCUUCUACGGACAACCGCCUCUGCAGCCCGUCAACUCGAACUACGGUCUGCCCCAAGACGAUGGCCCCACGGACAUGCAGCUCGAGGCCAGCAUUCGCCGCAUCUGCCAGGGUGCCGAUCUCGAUACGCUCACCAAGAAGGGCGUGCGCAAGCAGCUCGAGUCCGAGUACGGCCGCAACCUGGCGUCUCGCAAGGACACCAUUAAUAAGAUUAUUGAGGACGUUCUUGCCGAGUAA